UCUGCAAUUUAUCUUUUUAAAUUGUUUUGAAUAUAAUAUUUACCUAAUCUUAACCACACAGCUAAUCUUAUGCCAAACCUUAAAUAAAGACCAAAGGCACGUUUUAUUUUUCAAUCAUUUUUACGAUAGAGCCAAUUUUGACUUUGUGACUGUGGUAACUAGUGGAAACCCUUAUUUAUCUCUGCUGUUUAGUAUCACUUUCACUUAGUUUAGCGAUUGGGACAGAUCACUUCAAACCACAACUGCAAUACAGUCAACAGAAAAUAAUCCCACAUUUGCAGGUGGCACACAAUAUGAAGUACUACAUAGUUGAGACUGGCAAUACUUUGGAUUCUCAUAUUCAGUUUAUGAGACAAUUCAACAACACCACAAGAUGCUUUACGGAAGUGAAGUCGCCAGUGGAGAGUGAUGUCAUCAUGGCUUUCUGUCCCAUCGUCUCCCGCGUCGGGACUGAUAUUGAAGCAGCACUGCAACAGAUUCCAACUGGUAAAGAUGUCAUUCUGGUAGUGCUGCAUCACACCUUCAACCCAGACUACACUGUACCUGACAGCAGCAGACUAGUGACCAGAAGUGAUGUAAUACUCACAGUGGACUGUCUGUUCUAUGAGAAACUGGGAGGACUCCUGAACUGUCCUCGUAAUGAUGCAGCAGUCUGCGCGAUUCUGAAGAGGCUGAACAUACAGCCAAAGAUCAGACAACUUGCCGUUCCAGCUGUGAUUCUGAGCUGUGUUGUAAUGGUGUUGUGGUACAAUUUUGGAUCCAUGUUGGAACACAGAGUGACACACAAUAUGAAGUACUACACAGUUGAGACUGGCAAUACUUUGGAUUCUCAUAUUCAGUUUAUGAGACAAUUCAACAACACCACAAGAUGCUUUACGGAAGUGGAGUCGCUAGUGGAGAGUGAUGUCAUCAUGGCUUUCUGUCCCACCGUCUCCCGCGUCGGGACUGAUAUUGAAGCAGCACUGCAACAGAUUCCAACUGGUAAAGAUGUCAUUCUGGUAGUGCUGCAUCACACCUCCAACCCAGACUACACUGUACCUGACAGCAGCAGACUAGUGACCAGAAGUGAUGUAAUACUCACAGUGGACUGUCUGUUCCAUGAGAGCCAGGGACUACUGGACUCUUCUCGCAAUGAUGCAGCAGUCAAACAGAUUAGGCUGAAGCUUGACAUGGACUGAUGGAAUGUCCACUACCAAGUUUUUUUUCUUCGUUUUUAUCAAUGAUUCUGUAUCUCUCCCUUUGAAAGGCUUCCUGAGGCAGGUGCCUUGGGAGAGCAGUUAAAAGUGCCCUGAUCCAGCUUCUAAGGGACCUCCCAAAUUAAGCAAGGCCAUUUUGUUUGUGUUUACCCUACAAUUUUUGCCACUCACAUGCCAGCACCCACACACAACCCACCUAUUAAUUAAUAUUUGUUAGUGGUUAAUACUCUGUUUGAUUUAGAAGUGUGGGGUCUUUUUUGUGUGAGUUUUUCACAGGUUAGAAAGGAUGCUGUACACAAAUUAAAGUUUUAAUUGACAGAGUUUUGUUUGCACACAUGUAAAUUCUGUUGAUUAGAAGACAUGUACUGAAAAACCCAAUGUAAACCUGAUACACAAAAUGUUUCAAAUGUUUGAAAUUUAAAUGAUAUCUGAGGUUCAGGAAAACAAACACUCAAUUAAUUGGGCUGACUGACCUCUGACCUCUGUUCUGACUUCCUGGUGAGUCCUGAUCACCCUUACUAGGAAGACAGGAAACAUUAUUUUAUGGGCUAUGUAAAAACAAAUAAUUAAGAAGAAGUUUAUAUGUCAUGGCUGUCGAAAGGAGCGGACCAAGGUGCAGCGUGUUUGUAGUUCCACAUUUUAUUUAAUCCAUGAAACUUUGCAAAACAUAAAUAACUGAAUUGACAAAAACAACAAACCGUGACGCAGAAACAAACACUACUCAAAAGAUAAUAACCCACAAAAACAGGAAGAAAAAAACCCUACUUAAAUAUGAUCUCCAAUCAGAGGUAAUGAGGACCAGCUGCCUCCAAUUGGAGAUCAACCCAAUCAACCCCAACAUAGAAAUAGAAAAACUAGAACUUAAACAUAGAAAUAGGAAACAUAGAACACAAAACACCCCCUGUCACGCCCCGACCUACUCUACUAUAGAAAAUGACAUCUUACUAGGGUCAGGACGUGACAUUAUAAUUUAUCAAUAGUCCUAUGUGUGAUCCUAUUUUACCAUUUCCUUAUGAAAUUAUCAAGACAUAAUUAAGUUUAAAUGUUUAAUUUUUUAUAUUUAAGGCAGUGUUGUUGUUUUUUUUCGGAUGCAUGAAUCACGAUGUGAGUCAUGUGUCCAAAGGGGGAAUUACCAGUCCCCUGUGGCCCUUUGGUAAAUAUGCUAAUUGUUUCCUUCACAAGCCUGCCAGUAAAAGGAAAAAUAUAUGUUGGCAAUGGAUGACAGUUAAUCUAAGUGAAUUGAAGUUUUCCCCACCUCCAGUGAUAUAUGUGAAUUGCUGUUGUUGUUUUCUUUUCUAUGUUUUUGUCUUGCAUCAAUAACAAAUCUCACCAGAUUGGGUCUGCUGGAUGGUCAGGAUUUCUCCCUAAGGAUUAGCCUUCUAAAUUAGUGAAAACAUAGGUUAAUGCAACCCGAUUGUGGUAAGAAAUAUCGAAACAAUGGUUUACAUUAACAGAUUUAUUCACCUCUGAAUCUACAGAUGUGUUGUGUCUGUGUGUGCAUUUUUGAUACUCACUCCCAUUAAUAAAGUAUAACGUUUAUUAUGAUUAUAGUAUUACCAUACUAUGUGGAUUGUACAACCCAGAAUGAAGGGUUUGAAAUGAUGACGUGCCUGUUUUUUUUCUGUGUUGAUUUUCCUUACUUUAAUAGAGUAUAGAAUAUUUUGAUAUAGAAGCUAAAAUCUAAAUGCUUACAUUUAAAAUGUAAUGAUUAUUAUCACACAUAGUGAUAAGAGGAUGGAAUGUAAUGGGAAUUUUAAUGUUUGUGGUUUUCUUUUAACUCAUUUCUGUCUUCAAUUCAUGUGCUGUUCUAUAAACCAAUUUAUGUGUUCAUGCAAGUAGUUGACUGAACACAUCCUCCUCUUGUCAGUAGCUGCAAUUUGGCAGUACUUCCAGACCUUGUUUUGAGAACAAACAAACGAUAUCUCAGUUUAAAGGUCUUAGCUUAGAGAGAAAGAAGCCUUGUGAGGUGUUGGUCUGUCACAUGAUAUGAAACAGAAUGGUAUUGAUUAAUUAGUUAUGCUAAAUCAUGCAAAUAUAACUUGUCUGUGAAUAGCCAUAUAUAAGACAACUGCUGGGUCUGCCCAUCCAGAGCUCCUGAUUGACAUGUGAACUGUGGUGCAUUGAGUUGGUUGGAACUUCUCCAGCGCAAUAAACAACGAUUCAUUUAA